GGGGUACCAGCAACAGGAUGCCCACGAGUUCAUGCGUUACCUUUUGGACCAUCUACACCUGGAACUCCAGGGUGGCUUCAAUGGUGUUUCCCGUUCAGUAAUUUUGCAAGAAAAUUCUAGCCUGUCUGCAAGCAACAAGUGUUGCAUAAAUGGAGCAUCUACUGUUGUCACAGCAAUUUUUGGAGGCAUUCUUCAAAAUGAAGUCAACUGCCUAAUAUGUGGGACUGAAUCUAGAAAGUUUGACCCAUUCCUAGAUCUUUCGCUAGAUAUUCCAAGUCAGUUCAGAAAUAAACGUACUAAAAAUCAAGAAAGUGGACCAAUGUGCACACUACGAGAUUGUCUUCGCAGUUUUACAGAUCUGGAAGAACUUGAUGAGACAGAGCUGUAUAUGUGUCACAAAUGCAAAAAGAAACAGAAGUCCACCAAAAAAUUCUGGAUUCAGAAGCUACCAAAGGUGCUAUGCUUACACUUGAAACGUUUUCACUGGACAGCAUAUCUGAGGAACAAGGUUGAUACAUAUGUUGAGUUUCCCUUACGAGGCCUAGACAUGAAAUGCUACUUGUUAGAGCCUGAAAACAGCGGCCCAGAAAGCUGCCUCUACGACCUUGCGGCUGUUGUUGUGCAUCACGGUUCAGGCGUUGGCUCUGGACAUUACACCGCAUACGCAGCGCACGAAGGCCGUUGGUUCCAUUUUAACGACAGUACUGUAACUUUGACCGACGAGGAGACUGUGGUAAAGGCCAAGGCCUACAUCCUCUUCUACGUGGAACGGCAAGCCAAAUCUGGAUCAGAUAAACUUUAAUACCUCCUUUUAAUUCUUACUUAUCAAGUCCUCCGGACAAAACAUUUCCAUUUUUCCAUAAAUACUUGAUCCAAGACUAUUAAUUUCAUUGUGCACUUUUCAAGUUCCUCUUGUGGGUUUUAGUUUUGUUGUGUCAAUGGUAGCAUUUGACUUACUGAACUCAGACACAAACUAACUUUUUUUUUUUUUUUAGUUAUACCAGAAAACCUCAGCAGAUUUUGGUUUGCUGCUUUAGUUGUGAUAACUCAGUUUUUAUAUAUAUAGUUUCAUUAAAUACUUAGUUAUUUGACUUUUUGUAUAUUAAUGUUUUCAGUUCUCACUUUCUAAAGGCACAUUUACAUCAGAGAAGCUUUUUGCCCUCCUUCCAAGCAUGAUAAAUGUGCUUCUGAUUAGGAAGAGCAAUACAACCUCAUGCUGUUCUCACAGCUGUUGCUUAG